AUGUGGAGAUCCAUCCCGUCACCGGCAGUCCAGCGGAGUGCAGAGACGGACCACGUCACGACGGUGCCGACGCAAGGUUCCAUCCGACCUUCCAUCCAGCGGAAUCCGCAAACCCUGUGCACACGGCACAGCGCACAGGGCCCCCUCACCUGGUUUAGCCCGCCGGUCGAGACGGUUGCCCGGGGUGUGGCCGCUGAGCAGUGCCCAGCUAUGUGGAGCCACAGGUGAGAGUUGAGUGCCAGCAAGUGAACGCUAGGCGUAGUCUCACCUGCAAGCAAGUGAGCGACCACCACGACCAUUACGGGAACCCACCGCUGACACCCCUACACCCCGCCUGCGUCGAUAAAUGCAUACAGAAAAAACCAGUUUAUCAAAUAAUCCUCAGGACUCUAUAUGUUUUCGAGAAAGGCCUGUCGACCCUGCUUAUAGGGAAACAGAAGUUAUUCCAUAGUAACAUAAUGAGGAGCAUGCGAAACAGAUGCCCAUUCCUCCUGCCUGCAGAUAUUGUUAUGUCCUCAGUCGUCAGGUCAUUUAAGAUAAAGCUGGUUCGGUACCCAAUUACACUUCAUAAUGCCACACGACCAAUAUCGUCCGCACGCUUCGUGAUAACAAUUAAUUACCGUUUUAAUAUUACUGCCUAUGUUUCAGUAACGUUUUCUAAUUGUUUGUGAUUCGCAUACUGACAUACUGCAGAUAAUUGAAAUCCUGCUACUCACACUGCAACAUGAUUAUGCGAAAACUGACAUCGGUAAACCGUAAUUAGGCGCACGGGAGUUUCUUACACUUAAAUUGCAUCGCUCAUCUCAUCGCCUCACACAAAUCCAGUCCCAUAAGUUCGAUGAACAGACCAUUAAACAAAAUCUCGGAGAGCAGAUGUGGCCAGUUACUUGUCCACGUGGCUGUCAUACCGGGCCGUUAACUUGCUUUCAGGUGCAAACUACGCCUAACGACCACUUGCUGACUUCCAAAUCUUACAUGUCGCUCCCCGAAACUAGGCUCUGCUUGGCGGCUUGGCUGGCUGGUGGUCUGUGAGUCAGGCUGCAAUGGCUCCUUCUUAAUGUGGCAUCUAUGGCAAUGUCACUGCGUGGGAUCCGAGCCGGGUGUGGCGCACGCCUAGGUGCCGCAUCGGCCAUGCCAGCCCCCGCUCUCUCUGUUGUUGGUGGUAAAGAAAAACUGGUUAUUUGUUAUGUGGACAAGGGGUUGUGCGGUGGAACACCAUGGUGCGGGCUCGACCGUGCCAUCUGGCUGCACCCUCACCCACCUCCGGUCUUCUUGGCACUGUAUUGACGCCGGGUGCAGUUGGGAAGUAGAAAAGAGUGUGAUAGAUGCAACGCAAGUAUUCCAUCACUACAAACAAAAGCAAACGCAAGCCAACAUCUCUGAUAUCUCGCCGAUUUAGGGCGUACGGUUAACGACGUCUGAUGAAACGGUUGAAAUGUCGUGUGCCUGUGCGUGUGCGUGUGAGAGUAGAUCCGUCCAAAAAAUCAGCCUGCGGCCUCCCUCGUCUCCGGCUUCCUUGACCCUGUCUUGACUCUGGGCCCAGGCGUGGGAGGAGGAGAGAGUGUAGGUUGAUGCAGCCAAAGACUACUGGCACGACAAACCGCUGCGCAAGUCAAAGACCCUGCUCCCACCGCUGCUGCAGCUGUGGGGCACACGGUGGAUAUCAUCGAAAUUGAUGGUUAAACUAUCGUGUGUGUGUGUGUGUGUGUGUGUGUGUGUGUGUGUGUGUGUGAGUGUGUGUGUGUGUUGUGCCCUCCGGGGUGUAGGGGUGUCAGCGUUGGGUUCACGUAAUGGUCGUGGUGGUCGCUCACUUGCUUGCAGGUGAGACUACGCCUAGCGUACACUUGCUGGCACUCAACUCUCACCUGUGGCUUCACGUAGCUGGACUCUGCUCAGCGGCCACAUCCCGGGCAACCGUCUCGACCGGCGGGCUAAACCAGGUGAGGGGGCCCUGUGCGCUGUGCCGUGUGCACAGGGUUUGCGGAUUCCGCUGGAUGGAAGGUCGGAUGGAACCUUGCGUCGGCAUCGUCGUGACGUGGUUCGUCUCUGCACGCCGCUGGACAGCCGGUGACGGGAUGGAUCUCUACAUCGACAUCGCCUUGACGCGCCCACCUACGCCGUCGUAGACCGCGGCUUACGGCGAAUUCGAGUCGCUCUCCACUACAACGCGAAGUCGUGGCCCCAUAGUGGAGUUCGGCCGUGCCGCAACGGCACAUUGCAGCCCUAUUCAGGGAUGGCACUGCCAGCCCCCACGAGGGGAAGGGCCUAGGAAAGGUGGCCUAAACAAUGCUGGGUAUCACGCCGUCUCCAGGCUAGCCAGGGACGCAGUCGUCUAAUCAUGGUCGAAACAAUCGAAAUCGAAAAAUCAACAAUACCAAUAACAAUAACAACCAUACUGAUUCUCCUCAUCCUAACUCUACAUACUCUUCUUCUGCCUAUUCUUCUCUUUCGUCAACUUCCUCUCCAUAUCCUACCCGUCGCCCCACUCGUUGUCACUAGACUGGCAGGGUGAGACCGCCCACUUCAUCACCCUGCGUCCCUACCACACCUCCAGCCACUGACACCGACUUCACCUGCCCAAACUACCUAUGUACUUUCUCCUGUCGCAUCGGCCUGGUCGGUCGCUUGCAAAUCCAUCGCACGGAGACUGGCGAACCAGUGCCUGGAGCACCAACCUACACUCACCGCACUCGCCUCCGCUGCCCACACUGCCCUCGCACCUUCACGCAUCGCAUGGGUCUAUUCGGCCACAUGCGCAUCCACGAGAGCGGAAUUGACCACAAUUCCGACACACCCGCCACAUCCAACACAUCCACCAUGCCCAGCCCCACCCUCGCUCCUUCGCCCGCGCCCGUCACCACCACCACCACCACCACCACCACCGCCUCCUCUGCAGCUGACACCGACACCGUUGACCUCUUGCCCACACUCUGCACUCAUCUACACCCACCACACUCGACUCACCUGCCAACACCGCCCUCGCACUUUCACGCACCUCUUGGGCCUAUUCGGUCACAUGCUCAUCCACGACAUCGGAAUUGGCCGCCAUCCCGUCUCACCCGACAAGCCAAACCCCACACUCACUUCAUCGCCCUGUGCUCCCACCAACCCCUCGGCAACUGA